AUGAAUGGAGAUUUAAAUAGCGAAAACAACACUAAUAAUAUGAGUGAACAAGUCCCAUACCAAGGUGACACAAUUUCUCUUGAAGGGAAUGUCAGUAACGGUAGUGCGAUUAGUAUUGUGAAUGAUAACAAUAGUCAAGGUUCUAGAACACCAAUUUUAGAUUUUCAAAAUCUGGACUCUAAUGUUGGAUCACAAAGUACAGAUCAAACAAUUAACAAUAUUAGAGCCACAGACAGAUUAAUUGCUCAACGUAGAAUGUAUCCAAGAAAUGUCCCAGUUCCAGCUGGUAAUGGGACUUUUGCAGUACCAGGAAGUACAGCUGAAAGAUUUUUAAGAGGUAUCGAGAUAAGGAUAAUAGAUCGCUCUGGAAAGAUGACCCGUGAAGACCUAGACAUAAUUCAAUAUUUUCAAAAUAGAUUACGAGUCAAAGUGAAAAGGUUUCUUACUAUUGUCGAAGUGAAUCGUCAAAGAUUAAUUAAAGAGAUCGAACAAAAUAAUCUUAAGUUAAGAGAUCUAACAAUCGUAAACAGGCCGCGAAUGGCAUUAUAUAUCAAUAAACUGCAAAAAAUGAGAAUGAGGGCCAUUGAAUUAGAGACAGUUGAAUUACAACGUAUAAGAUCGAAAAUAAACGAACUAGUACAGGCUUAUAAAGGUGCAAUGGUUGUAUUCAGUAUAGAAAAGGCUAAAAACGCAGAUUUGGAAAAUCCCACAGAGUAUUAUAUUAAAUGGCUAGAGAAAAUAGACUUAUCACACCAUGAGAAAUUAACUCAAGGCCUUCAAGAACUACGCAAUUAUACAUCACAGUUGAUUGAUAAGUUUGAAGCUGAAGAUUGGGAGACUUCGAAUACCUUUUUUGAUGACAUAACGAACGAUAUUUCUGAUAAUACUGACAUUUUUUUCCAGAACUCUCAACCAAAAUUAGUAUUUCCUUUGCAUAAGCUCCCUUCAGAGAUUCUUCACUUGGUGUUAGAUAGAUUAAGUCCCAGAUCAAAUGUCGUUAACUUAUUGACAGUAUGUAAAUUGUGGGCUUUAAUUAUAGUAAAGUUUCUCUAUUAUAGACCACACAUAAACAAAAAAUCACAACUCGAUCUGUUCCUUAGAACCAUGAGAAUGCCUCGCUCCGCAAUGAUGUUUGACUAUCGUCUUAUGAUCAAGAGACUUAAUUUUUCGUUUGUCGGUGACUACAUUCAUGAUAAAGAAUUAUACUAUUUUAUUGGUUGCCGAAAUCUGGAAAGACUAACACUCGUAUUCUGCAAGCAUAUUACAAGUAACCCUGUAUCGGCGGUAUUAGAAAAUUGUAAAUUUUUGCAAAGUGUCGAUAUCACAGGUAUCAAGGAUGUUCAAGAUAACGUUUUCAAUACCUUAUCUGAGAGUUGCCCUAGAGUGCAAGGGUUUUACGUACCUAUGGCUAAAUCAGUAGCGUUCCCUGCUUUGAAUAAUUUUUUCAUUCAUGCUCCGAUUCUUAAAAGGGUUAAGAUAACUGGAAAUACUUCUAUCAAUGAUGAACUGGUUUCUCUCAUGGCUGAAAAAUGCCCAUUACUAGUUGAAGUUGAUAUUACAGGAAGUCCAAAUGUUCAUGACGAAAGCCUAAUACAACUAUUUUUGAAAUUACCCCAAUUGCGAGAGUUCAGAAUUACAAACAAUUCGAAUAUAACAGAUAAGUUAUUUUUAGAACUUUCAAAAACGGUUGACCAAUUACCUGCCUUAAGAUUGAUUGAUUUUUCUAGUUGUGAUAAUAUUACUGAUAAAACUAUCGAAAAACUUGUAACGUUAGCACCCAAAUUGAGAAACAUAUUUCUAGGAAAAUGUAGUCGAAUCACGGACAACUCUCUUUAUAACCUAGCCCAAUUAGGAAAAAAUUUACAAACCGUUCACUUCGGUCACUGUUUUAAUAUUACAGAUCAAGGAGUUAGGGUUUUAGUACAAUCAUGUCCAAGAAUACAAUAUGUGGAUUUUGCCUGUUGCACAAAUCUAACAAAUAGGACAUUAUAUGAAUUAUCUGACCUAAACAAAUUGAAAAGGAUUGGCUUAGUUAAAUGUUCACAAAUGACUGAUGAGGGACUAUUGAAUAUGAUUUCAUUAAGAGGUAGAAAUGAUUGUUUAGAAAGAGUACAUCUAUCAUAUUGCUCCAAUUUAACCAUAUACCCAAUCUACGAACUACUAAUGGCAUGCCCCAGAUUAUCACAUCUUUCAUUAACGGCCGUGCCAUCAUUUUUACGACCCGAUAUUACUGCAUUUUGUAGACCAGCUCCAAGUGAUUUCAGUGACAACCAACGCCAAAUAUUUUGUGUUUUCUCUGGUAAAGGAGUUCAUAAGUUACGCCAUUAUUUAAUGAGCUUAACCACUCCAACAAAUAGUCCACAGACAGACAUAAAUGAUGUUUUAACCAAGUACAUAGUGGCAAACAACUUACUGCAAUCAUCAGAAAGCUUAGAAAACGGAAUCCAAAGAAUUUCUUCCGAAUUGAACCAAGAUUCUGCUGCCAUUCUGGCAGCAUCUGGUCUAAGUCAAAUCCCGGGGUUAAAUGCUGACGUCAACCUGCAGAGUAUACCUUUUCAAAAUUUGGAUGAUAUAUUUACCUGGACUCAGGUCAAUCUCGGAAAUUUUAUUUUAAGUGCAGAAGAAACUAAUCGUCUAGUAUCCUUAACUGAUCGCAGAUUUUAUGAAGAACCAUUUAGCCCCGAUUAUGAAGACGUAGAUCCUGAUGUUGCGCCAGGUGCUACAUCUGUUUUGAAUGGUGAAGUUUGCCAUAUUAUUAGAAAGUUUCACGAACUUGACGAAAGAUUAGAAGAUUUCGAGGUGAAUGUUGCGAGCUUAUCAAGAGUCCAGUUCCAGUUUACAGGGUUCUUACUGCAUGAGAUGGCCCAGAUAUAUGUUUUAAUGGCUGAGUUAAAUAGACAAACCCUUCACAUUCAAGAGAGGGUAUUUUCAUCUGAGAUUGAAAAAGAUAAAAAAGGUUUUUAUGUUUGGCGUUUGUUGUACAUCGAUCGGUUUGUGGAGUUACUACAAAGGUAUAAAAUCGCCACAAUUGUACUGAGAUUGUAUCUUAAGGAUAGUGUUACACUAUUGACAAGGCAAAGGGAAGCGGCCUUGGCAAAUAAUAGAAUGACUUUACGUGAUGAUGUGUCGGUUAACGAUAGAUCGGCAACUACUAUUAGUAAUAAUAAUGGCAGAACAGGUGCUGACUCAGAUGAUGAUAUGGAUAUAGACGAGGAACCCGAAGAAAACCCAGGCGCUGUUACACCAAGAAUAAGCGAUUUUUGGCCUCCCAGAAACGUGACUGCACCUGUGACUGAAAUUCCAUUUGGUUUACAAAAUGCUGUUGAUGUAAAUGAUAUGGAGACCGAGGAGAGUGGAGAUGCAGAAGAGAGCACACCACAGCUUCAGGAUCCUACAAACUAA